AUGAAGCAGGGAAAAGCAGUUCCUGUCACUAAGGUUGACAUCAGCAGUGAACGGUCAGAUUCCUUUGAGCCUGUGACAAAAAGCAAUGUAGGCUAUAUUGUUAGUGCAGUCAUUAUCAAUGACGUGGGACAAAUUCUCAUGAUGCAAGAGGCGAAAUAUUCUUGCUACGGGACCUGGUAUCUACCAGCUGGCCGCAUGGAGCGGGGCGAAAACCUCGAGCAAGCAGUGAUGAGGGAAGUUGAGGAGGAAACAGGGCUAACAUUUCAACCCACCACUCUGAUUUCUGUCGAGUUUGGUUGUGGAACUUGGUACAGAUUUAACUUUACCGGUUAUGUGACAGGUGGGAAGUUAAAAACGCUGAAGGAGAAAGACAAGGAAUCCCUUCAGGCCGAGUGGAUUGACUUCGUCAAUAUAAAAACAAGAACACUCAAGCUGCGAAGCCCUGAUAUCAUACAACUCAUUAACAUCGCCAGAAAAUACAACAGUCUCGGUGAGGACUGUCGACAUUCCCAUAACAUGCCGGCCCUCGUCCCAUACAAUCGUCUCAUACACCGAGUUAUACUCACACACUGUUCCUUUAAUGGAGAUAUCCAGGUGCUGACUACAGAUAAGGAGGGACUACAUCUACCUACAACUUACAUCUCACCGUUUGAUUUCUCAUUAAUGAUCUCCGUAUUUUCUGUGAUAAAGGAAGCCUUUGGGGCGUCAGAUUUUCAGCUGAAAAUGAAAGGCCUGAUAUCUGUAGAACACCAGGGGGUUCCAGCCAGCAACAAAGAUGGACUGUGUUUGACAUCUCUGCUGCAAAUGGACGGGCUGGAGAUCGAGCCUUCUCCACGGUCCGACUCUUCCUACAAAUGGACGUCGCUCAAUAAACUAGACCCAACCUUUAAUGUCCAGCUGAUAGCUCACCUGAAGGAAAAUGGAUGUGUCCCUCUACUCGACAUAUAAUGUGGAUUUUUACCUCUUAACUGCAAUGACCAAAAUAUUGGCAUAUCUGUUGAGAUAGAUAUUUUGUUCAUCAUUUUCUUGCCAUAGACUAAUUGUCUCCAGUGACAGGAACCUAGUUUGUUCAUAUGUGUUAUGAAAAACCUUCAGAUGAUAGAACUAGAAAGCGACGUCUUACUGAAUCUUUAUUAAAGAAAGUGUCGGUUUUUUAAUUUAAAUUUUUGAUAUGAUAGAAAAUGGCUGCAUUUAUUGUUAAUGACAAAGAUUGCUUGUGUCCCUACUAUUGUGAUGCAUGUAUAGCAGAUGAAUACAUACAUAUUAAAUAAGAAAGAUAUAUAAUGUAAGAAAAGGGGAUUUGGUUCCCUACAUAAUUUUUGAUUAUUUGAUAGUAAAAUAAGUAAAAAGUUCUGUGAUGUAUAUCCUUGUCACUAAAAAAAGGUGUUGGUUUAGUUAAACAACUGUUCUGUUGGCAAUGUUAAGGUCUUUCAAUGAGGUGAAAAAACAAGGGAUAUGUUCCUCAUCUCACUAUCCAAGGUAACAGAAAAGAAAAUUUCACAUGGUAACAUUUUGGAUAUCCCUGGCCAGGGUAAGAGAAAAGAAAAAUUUCACAUGGUAACAUUUUGGAUAUCCCUGUCCAGGGUAAGAGAAAAGAAAAUUUCACAUGGUAACAUUUUGGAUAUCCCUGUCCAGGGUAAGAGAAAAUAAAAUUUCACAUGGUAACAUUUUGGAUAUCCCUGGCCAGGGUAAGAGAAAAGAAAAAUUUCACAUGGUAACAUUUUGGAUAUCCCUAUCCAGGGUAAGAGAAAAGAAAAUUUCACAUGGUAACAUUUUGGAUAUCCCUGUCCAGGGUAAGAGCAUUAAUAGAUCUAUAUUUAACAUACUUGAACAGUGUUAGAGGAUUAUACACUGAGAAAGUCAUGACGGGUUGUGUUGGUUGGCGUCAGAACAUAAAAAAUAGCCAGAGACCUUUAGCUAGCUGAAGUAUAUUUAAUGAUGCACAACAAUGCUUAUAAAAGUGGAACUUUGGUGACCUAGAACAGUCCCAUACUUCCAUGUAUUGCUCCCUGAUAGUGUUAUUAUUGUCGUGGUUGUCAGAACUGAAACAUCCAAUUUAUUUCAUCUGUCUUGUAGAGAAAUAAAUUUUAGGUUUUUACCAUUUUUACCAUUUAUCAUCUCAUGAAUAUGAAAUUUGUGAUAAAUUGAAUCUGUUGUUUAAUAAACGGUAAAUGGUUUAUGCUCUUAACAUAUCAAAUUAUAGAUUUUGUUAGCUUUUAAUACAGGAUUUUAUCAAGGAAUAUGACGCUUGCUGAGAUUUAUGUUAUAUGAUAUUCCAGAGGUUAAUACAACAUUGAUCUAGAGAGUGUAUGAGAACAUAACCCCUGGAAAAGCUAGGAUGAUGUACUGUAAUACAUGUAUAUGUGAUAUUGGCUAUAUAAUAUUUACAUAGUUGUGUAAUCCAACCAUGAUGAAAUAGAUGAAAAAGUGAUUAUAACCAUUCUGAUUUUUCACAUAGUUGUGUUGUGUCCAUCUCAGAACUGCAUUUUCUCUCAGGAAGGCCAUGAUAGGACGGCACAAUUGCAUUUAUAUGUGAAUCCGUCUUCCAAGUCUUAACUAUUCAAACAUCCUGUCACCAAAUAUGUUUCAUUUCUUUUGAAAAUCCUGUCUAAACUGAUCAUUACUUUGUAUCUUGAUUAUGUCAGAUUAGACAGGUAAGCCUGGUCAAUCCCACAGGCUGUCGGAUUAGACAGUGAGCAGGGUAAAUACCCUUCAGUCAUGUUUAAUUAUGAUGUAAAAUUCAUGACAUAUAGGACUUGGUAUUUGUUAAAUACACAUUUAUGUGAAUUGACUUAGUAAUAACGGCCCUAUAAAAAUAUCUAUGGACGGAAUUUUAAUAUUAAAGGGAGACAAUCUUUCAAUUUAAGGGGAGAUAAUCAGUAGUUUAAGUAAUACAUCAUCUUUUAUACACCCAUGGUAAUAGUUUAUUGUAAAAAGUCCACCUUUUUAUGUCUCUUAAAGCCACAGGGACUUUGGCACGAAUUUCCAACAUACAUUCAAGUUUGAUAAUCAACCAUUUACCAGACUGUUCCUUCUAAUAUACAAAUAAACAAAAAACAAUCACUACGAAAAAGCAUUCACAAAUGACAUCCAGUUGUUCUGGUCAGACUGCUGGGUGGGUGUGCAUUUAUACUUGUUUCUGUACAAAUGUGCAUGUACAUGUUACCUAAGAGACCAUCUUUAUUUAAUCAU